AUGGCAGACAAGAAACCGCCAACGUUUGUGAAAGAGGGUCUUGCAGAUUUAGAUAAACAGAAGCGUAAUGAACAAAUCAACAAGGAGGUUGGUGAACUAGUUUCAAGGAAGUCCUUAGCGGACCAAUUGAGAGAAAACUCGAAGAAGAAGAGGCACCAAUUUCAAAAGCUAACGAAAGAGAAAAACAGCUUUACGAGGUUAUCAACCGAAGACCUAAAUCAUAUCAAUACUUGCAAGUCGAAAGAGAUUGAAGAAUACCGAAGCUUCUCAAAUUGGGCUGAUCUGGAAGAGAAAAAACGCUUACGAAGGCUGGAGCAAAUUAAACAAGAUACGAAGACAGUCGGGGUAUCUAUUGAUUCUGAUACUACAUCAUCUUCGUUACCGUCUUCCUCAGGCACAAGCAUAAAAAAAGAAUCUAUCCCUACAGCUAUAAAAGUGCGAAAGCUCAAAACUAAAGUGGCCAACAAAAAGUCUUUGGGCAUUGUUUCCCUUUCGCGCAAGCCAACAUUAAAGCCAAGCCCGAAACCCAAGCCAAAAGAAAAAUGA